AUGAAUACCACAUCGACACCACAGACAUCAACGACAUCAACGACAUCACCGACACCACAACAACGAGUUGCUAUCACAUCAAGUACAAUAUCACCAAUCACACCAAGAGAUCAAUUGACAAAGCCUUUGACGCCGAUCAAACCUCUACCAUUGAGUCGAAAGAGAAAGGCAGAGGAGUCGUACAAGGAGAUGAUGGUUGGCGACGAGUCACAGUUCUUUGCCAACAAGGACAAUCACAUCAAGUAUAUGAAGUGGCUGGCAUCAAUGCUCGGUUAUCGCUAUCAAGAACAUUGGUAUAAAUGUCGUCGCGUGGACUUUGCCUCCAAUCAUGGCAAACUACUCUUGGCGCAAUAUGGCGACGACCACAUCAAAGCGAUCACAACAAUCUAUGCCGAUCAGAAAUGGGAGCUGUGGCGCUUCCCAACGAUACGCAAGGGUUUCUGGACGCAGGAGAUGCAGCGCGAGUACAUGGAGUGGCUGGGCAAGCGACUGGACUGGGACAAGGAGCAGUGGCACUUCCUCACCAAGCGCGACUUUGCCCGCAACAGUGGAUCUCAGUUGCUUGAGAUGCACGACGGCUCAAUAUCCAAUGCACUGACAUCAAUCUUCCCCGAGUACUCGUGGAAGCCAUGGAUGUUUGACAAGGUGCCCGAAGACUAUUGGAUUCACAAGGGUAACGCGCGACUCUAUCUCGAGUGGCUGGCCGACCGCCUCAAGCUGGUCUCGGCUCAAGACUGGUACGAUCUCACUCAGCGCUCAUUCGGCGCCAACUAUGGAUUCAAGUUGUUGCAAGCCUACAACAAGUCACCCUGGAAGCUCAUAACAACAGUGAUGCCUGAGCUGCACAGCUGGGAGUCGUGGCGCUUCCGUGUGCUCAAGGGCAAGCGAACAAACAUAUUAAUAUUGGAGGAGUUGAUCAAUAAGUUGAGCGAGCUGCAUGGCGGACGCGAUCAGCUGGCCAAUGUGUCACUCGAAGCGAUCGAGGACAUUGGUGGCAAGGACAUGCUCGACGAGUUUGGCGGAUCGAUCGCCUCUGCGAUGGAGGCUCUGACCAACAAAGACAAGUACCUCAAUCCCGAACCAAAGACAAAGAAGUCGUCAGCAGCGGCGUCGUCCAAGAGAGGCGAUGAUGAUGAUGACGACCUUGACCUUGACGACAUUUCAUUUGAGGAUUUGAACUCAUUCGAAUCAGACAUGUCUGGAGGCAUUCGUUUGUGA